CCACACGCAUUUACUAUGUCCGUGUGAAGCUUCCCCAAAGGGCUAACGCUCCAUCAUCGUCACAGCAGCCGAAGAGAGAUCGUUGAGUUUGUCACGAAGUGUAGGACACACCUGGUGUCCUGUGAUGGUUAUCCAGUGCCGUUGGAGAAGCUAGAGUUGAGUAUACCAGUAGACCACUUCGAAUAGCUAGACGUGGUGUCAGGAGAGAGAGAGAAACAUGGGGAACGCAAAGUCAUCUGGGAGUUCUGUGGCGUCCAUUGACAGAAAGCGCACCGUGAACAAGAGAACGGGCGGGAAGACGAAGACUGAGGAGGGCCAGCCUUCGUGGCAGCCGCCCGGCGUGCUCAGGAGCUACACAUGCGUGGAUACGGAGCUCCCCGGAGCCAGCGACAGAGCCAAUGGAACCCACCAUCAUCUCAAUCAUCACGGUAACGGGCUGGAAGAUGAGGACCCUCACUCCUCCACAAUCACCCACUCGAACCGCUGGGGCUCGCUGGAGAAUCUUCUAACAGCGGGCGGUGGGGAAGAAGAUGAUCCUGACCUCUACAUAGCCAAGCACAGCUACACCACCGACCAGGCCGGUCAACUCUCAAUCAAGAAGGGCGACAAGCUGAAGGUGUCGCGGAAGAGCGAGAACAGCGACUGGUGCGAGGCGACAAGCGUAAGGGGAGAGAUUGGUUGGGUCCCUACAUCUUACAUCGCCAAGGUAGACAGUUUGGAGAAGCAUUCGUGGUUCCACGGAAACAUAACGAGGGCAGAGGCCGAGCUGUCGCUCAGCUCCGGAAUCAACGGAAGUUUUCUGGUCCGCGAGAGCGAGAGCAAGCCGGGGCAGUUCUCGAUCUCGCUGCGCUACGACGGACGCGUGUUUCACUACCGCAUCCAUUUCGACGCCGGGGCAAAGUGCUAUGUCACACCCGAGUCGAAAUUCGACACGCUCGCUAAACUAGUCGUGCAUCACUCUAAGAAUCCCGACGGGCUAACUACGACGCUGCAUUACCCUGCACCCAACCCUCGUAAACCGCCCAUUUACAGCAUCUCGCACGACGUCGACCAGUGGGAAAUCAACCGCUCGGACAUCGAGAUGGGGCAGAAACUAGGCGGAGGUCAGUACGGAGAGGUCUACAAGGCUUCGCUCAAGAAACAGCACAUUUAUGUGGCAGUAAAGACUUUCAAGGAGGAGACAAUGGAGGCGGAAGAGUUUUUAAAAGAGGCGGCCAUUAUGAAAGCUGUCCGCCACCCCAACCUGGUCCAGUUGCUCGGAGUAUGCACGCGAGAGCUCCCGUUUUUCAUCGUGACGGAGUACAUGGUGAAGGGUAAUCUUCUGGACUACCUGCGAGGGAACGACGGGAAAGACAUUGAGGCUGUCACGCUGGUCUACAUGGCCCAGCAAGUGGCAUCUGCCAUGGCUUAUUUGGAGUCCAAGAACAUGAUACACAGAGACCUGGCGGCCAGGAAUUGUCUGGUUGGGGAGCACUACCUGAUAAAGGUGGCCGACUUUGGCCUCAGCAGACUCAUGGAGAGCGACGUCUACAACGCCAGGGAGGGAGCAAAGUUUCCUAUCAAGUGGACUGCGCCCGAAGCUCUGGCCUACAACAAGUUUUCCAUUCGGUCAGACGUGUGGGCAUUCGGAGUGCUGCUAUGGGAGCUGGCGACCUACGGCAUGUCUCCGUACCCCGGAGUAGAACUGUCGCAAGUCUACGAGCUCCUGGAGUCGGGGUACCGUAUGCAGCGCCCCGAGGGAUGUCCGCAGCCGGUGUAUGACAUGAUGCACAAGUGUUGGGAGUGGGCUCCAGAAGACAGACCUUCCUUCAAGACUCUCUCUGAUACUCUCAACGGAAUGUCUGACAUCAAUGAAGCUGUGGAAGCUGUGUUGAGAGGAGAUGAAGCCACACCCACUCGUCUAGACAGCAUCUCUGUGAGCGAGAUUCCUCCGCCCGUCCCCAACACCCCUAGACCCCGCCCUACCAUCCCCCAGCCGCUCCAUAACGAGGACUCCGCCAGGCCACUCCCCGCGAAGCCAUCUCACUCCCAUUUCCACCGCGCUCUACCUGCACCACCGCCCAUCAGCCGAACGAAAGACAUGGAGGGACGAUCUAUUUCCCCCAACUCUGGAAUGCUAGCGAGGGUAUCGGAAACCUCUCCCCCGCUCCCUCCCAACCGACCUGGCUCUCCACACUCAGGCAACACCGCGAAUCAUCACAUCGCCUCCUCAAAACCCCCUCCCCCACGCAGACCCCAGAUCCCGCUCAAAAUGAAUCACACCUCGCCUCCCCCACCCCCCUCAGAUCGCCCCGCUCCCCCGCGGAGACCGAAACCCCCGCUCCCCCGGCGCCCCUCUAAUUUGUCCACGUCCGUCUCCCCCCCUCCGCCCCUCCCCCCGAACAAACCAAGAGGCAUCGUUCCUCGACAAGACUCGUCUUCUUCCGUGACGUCGUACAAUGUCGACCUCACUCCCUCUGGGACAGCUCAAGACAUGAUUGUCAACCUUCAGCAGAGUGCCCCGGACAUACUAGCCGCCAUGCACAACCGCUACAGCGGAGUUCCCCAGUUUCUCGAAGCUCUGGCUGAUCUCACUGAAAGUAUAGUCAACACCGCACAGAGCACGCCGAGCACGAAAUCGAUUGCCUUCAGAAGAGCGGUGACUUCUCUUCGGGGAGAGUUUGGUUACCUGAGAGACGUGAAGGGUCCCCUCUGGCAGAGGAACGAGGAGAAAGUGACAAAAUGUGUGAACGAUAUCGUCAGUCAAGUGUCACAGUUGUCGAGUCACUUAGGCUAG